UUAUUGGGGCUAGCUUUGAACACAGAGUGAGUUGACCAAAUCAUGGAGGCUCUGGCAAUUUACGACUUCAAUGCUACUGCUGACGACGAAUUGAGUUUCAAAAGAGGCGAGACUUUGCUUGUAUUACAAACAGAUCGUGAUGCAAAUUGGUUCAAUGCAGAACUGAGAAGUAGGACAGGUUUUGUACCAAAAAACUACAUUCAAAUGAAAGAGUGUCCGUGGUAUCAAGGUAAGAUAACACGUGCCAACGCAGAACAACAGUUACUGAAGCAACCUCAUGACGGCGCCUUCCUGAUCCGAGACUCGGAAACUGACAGCAUGGCUGGCAGUUUUUCCUUGUCAGUCAAAUUUAUGGACAGUGUGCAACACUUCAAAAUUUUGCGAAAAGAGGACGAAGUUACUAAAAAGAUGGUGUUUCACAUUUGGGUUCAAGGCUUCCUUUCUUUAAACCUCCUCGUAGACAAUUACCGAAGUAUAUCGAUCAGCAGAAGUCAUCGGAUAGUGCUGACAGAUAUGGUGCAGCUCAUCGGCAAAGCUAGAGCAUGCUACGAUUUCACCAGGCAAGAGGACGGAGAACUCCAGUUCAACAAAGGAGAUGUCAUUGACCUUCUGGACACAAGCAACUCCCAAUGGUGGAAAGGACAACUGAACGGAGAAUCUGGCUAUUUCCCUGCUACUUUUGUGCAGAUUUUAUGAAGUUUUGGUAAACUAACCUUAUAAAGUAAAAGUUGAAAUUGGCGGCUUCAAUUGCGAUAAAUUGUUUAAAAUAAAAAUGACAAAUACAGUUAAGCAGUGGAAGUAGAACGUGUUAGUUUUUCAUGCAACCUAAAUUUAUAAAUUUUUAUAGUUUCAAAUUUAAUUUUUAAACUACUUUCACUUCAAAUAUGGUCACCUUGAGGUGCUUCAUUUUCUUUCUUUUUCAUUUACAAUAUAAAAUUUAUUUUGCAUUUUGAUAGUUUGUUCAGAACCCACCUUAAAACAUGUGCUGUAUUGGCUCGAAGUGAAACUUUUUUAUGUUUUUAAAAUCAAUGUACGUCAUUAAGUAUAUAUUAGCAAAUCAUGCAGCUAUUAUGCAACCUGUUUAAUAAGGGUGUAAAGUGUUUUGGCAUCGUUCCGUUUGUGGAUUAUCCGAAUUGAAAGCAGCAAAAAUAGAGCACAACCUCUUCAAGAAGUUAGGCCAACCUCAAGUAGUUAGUAUCCCCAUUACCCAUGCCAAAGACACACAAGUGAUCGUGUGCAACCUAGCAAUUUAAUAACGGAGCACCGAAGUUGAACGAAGAGCCCACACUGCCCGACCUACGCCCACAAAAGACAGAAAGAACUAAGUCAGACCAACUCCUUAUACAAAACUUUUAGUUUCUAUUUUCAAGCUGCUUGUAUUGUUGUUUAACUUAAACCUGUAAUCUAAGCUGUUUGAUUUUUACUGUAACCUUGUUCAAACAGUUGUUUCUAUAAUUAUUCUUCUGACCCGAAAACAUGAAAAUAAGUUAAGUUCGUGGAAUUGAAGAAUGAAUAUCCAGAUUCUUUUAGUUCACCGUACAUCACACUUAACUCAAUGUGUCAGAAGACAUUUGCAUAAAUAUUUCCAUCUAUUUUGACGACUAGAUUGUAGAUAACAAAGAUAAAGCCCACUCUGCUCCUUUGAAAUUUACAGAACAAAAAAGAAGCUAUUCUGAAAUUGAAGUGGAAGAAAUGGGCAGUUGAGGUUAUAAUAAUAUUCAGAUUUAUAGUGGACUCUUCGUCGAUUUUUUCUACAAAGGGACUGAACGAGCUAUUGAGCUCUGGUUUAUGACAAAGAGUUAAUUCAUUUUGUUUUGUUUGUUUCAAUGCCUUAAGAAUAUUUAUGCAAUGCUAAGCAAUAUGUCAUUAACGAAUGAAACUAAAUUUAUAUUAAAAGACA